AAAAAUAAUCGGGAUUUUUUCUAGUUCUCUCUGUACCGAGCGACGCGACAAUAAAUCGUUAGAACAAAAAGAGCAGCCUGCAUUUUUCGAAACUUUUUUCCAGGUAUAACGGGCGGAAAAUACAUGCAUGCAUACAUGAAAAGCAUGCACUUUGACAAUAACUGUCAAUCAACGCGGUACAGUGGCAACAACAACAAAAGCAUGUGCGCAGUGCGGUGAUUUCGGUGCUGGGUCCCUUCGUUCGAUCCGCUCGCGGAAUCGUGUUUUCGAGUGUGGUUUUGCUGUUUUCCCUCAACAUCUACUGCUGACUGCUGAUUGCGUGUGGCAAAGAUUUGUAGAUACAUUGUUUUCAAUAUUACCGAACUUCGGUGAGGUUUUGUGUAGGUAUUGCUCUGGUUUUACAUAUUAAUUCUGCUGCACCAGUUGCUUACAGUGUAAGUUAAUUGUAAUCUUACUGAAAAUGAGUGAUGAAGAAGAUUGCCCUCCACUGUGCGACAUGGAUACGACGGUAGAUGAUUCCAACGGGGAUGACGACGAAUGGGAGAUUGCCGAGGAACAAAACGAUCCGGUGAAAUGUUUGUUCUGCGAAACCAUCUCACCAACGAUGACGGUAGCCAUACGUCAUGCCAAACAGCAGCACGAUUUUGAUCUUGCCGGUGUUCGAAGAAGGUUUCAUCUGGACGAGUAUUCGUACAUUAAAAUGAUCAACUAUAUUCGGCGCGAAAAACCAGCCCCGGAACAAUUUAAAACGGCUACAGGCAGCAGUUUACCGUGGGCUGAUGAUAAGUAUUUACAACCGGUGGAGAACGAAACUUGGUUAAUGUUCGAUCUGGACGAGUUGGAUGAAAUUAUGCUUAAUAAUGGCAGUGGUAGUACCGGUGGUAAUGGUGUAUCAGGAGAGAAAGACAAUGGGAAUGAUAUCGGGGAUACGAUGACGCUUACCACGGACCAGUACCGCAAACUACAGGGAAUUAUUAACGACUUAACGGCGCAACUUCGUGAGAAGGAAAACCUGCUGCAGCAUGCCGCAAGCAGUAUAGAGAAAAUGAAGGAAAGCUUUCGCAAUGUGCUGGCCGAGCAGCAGCCACCGAAUGGUAAAGCAGAGGAAGAUAGUCCUGGAGGUGAUAAAAAGUUGGAACAGAUCAAGCGCAAGCUGGAGCAUUGUGUCAGCAGCGUGUCCGUGGAUGAUGAUCAGAGCUAUUUUAACACAUACUCUCACUUUGGAAUUCAUCAUGAUAUGUUGAGUGAUGAAGUGCGCACCUCGAGCUAUCGGGAUGCGAUCCUGCGUAAUACCGACAUUAUGAAGGAUAAAACGGUGCUUGAUUUGGGAUGCGGUACGGCCAUUCUAUCGAUGUUCGCAUCGAAGGCUGGAGCAAAGGAGGUAAUUUCUGUCGAUCAGUCGGAUAUCAUUUACCAGGCAAUGGAUAUCGUGCGCAAGAACAAUAUCGACAACAUACGGUUUGUGAAAGGGCGGCUGGAGGACACGGAAUUGCCGGUAGCAAAGGUCGAUAUCAUUGUGUCCGAAUGGAUGGGUUACUUUUUGCUGUUCGAGGGUAUGAUGGAUAGUGUCAUAUAUGCUCGCAAACAAUACCUCCGAGAUGGUGGUUUAAUAUUGCCAAACCGUUGUAACAUCAGCAUCGCCGGAUACGGUGAUCUUGAGCGGCACAAUGAAUUUAUCGGCUUCUGGAAGAACGUGUACGGGUUCGAUAUGUCCUGCAUGAAGAAGGAGGUGCUCCGGGAAGCGAUGGUCGAAGUGUGUAAGCCGGAGCACAUAGUCACAAACGCGAACAUUAUAGCAAACUUCGACCUGAUGGAAGUAGACGUAGACUGUCCUAACUUUAGCUAUGAGUUUGAGCUGAAAGUCAAACGGGAUACGCAGCUGACCGCAUUGAUUGGGUACUUUGACACAUUUUUUGAACUACCGGAACACAUCGAAUUUUCGACCUCGCCGUACUCACGGCCGACCCACUGGAAGCAGACAAUUUUCUACUUGGAGGAACCGAUACCGGUCAAGGAAGGGCAAACAAUCAGCGGAAAGUUUAUCUGCCGCCGUGAUCCGAAAGACGUGCGUUCGUUGUUUAUCAAUAUUGAAGUUUUGAACACGGUUCUAAAGUAUACACUUAACUAGCAGGUAGGAAUACUGAUAUUGAUCAGUUAAAAGCGCAACCACGCAAGAGUUGCACGCGAGCGAAAAGAUGUAAUAAAAUGCAAUCGGAAACUCUCCAAUCCAACAAAAAGCGACCCAACUUACGCACGUAGGGUAAAUGGAUAAAGAAAUGAAAGCUUUAAAUUUUCGAUGAUUAUAUACAUAGCCGAAGAACGUCACGUACACACAUUUAUCUGCUAGUAUUUCUGACCAAACAUGUGAAUGUCGUUUUACCAAAUGCUAAUCAUACAGCGGCUGAGCUGUGCGCGGGAGAGAUAUUACGCAAAGGUGGAUAAAAACAGGAACUCAUAGAUUUCAUUCUAUUUAAAAAGGCAACACGCACGCAUACGAUGGUUGUGAAGUGAGCAACGGAAACUAUGGAAAAAAAAUACUGCAACUAGUAACACAACAACAAAAAGUUAAUAAUAUAGUAACAGGAUUCUGGUUUGUUUUUUAUACACACAGAACUUUGCCCAAAUCGAUGUGCCCCAGCCAACAAACUUACGACCAACACAGGCGCACAUUAUAAGAUUGAAAUAUGAUUUUUCCUCACACUCUUUCUGUGAACUUACGCCACUUUUCCCAAUAUCCGAUUUCAAACGAAUGACAAUCCCUAGUAAAUUAAAUAAAACGAUCAUCUGAUGAUCUUGUCACGGAAGUGAAAUCCUUACACAAGGAAGUAGUAAACCGACGGUGCGAACCUUUUGCAUUCUUCGGAUCCGGCCCCAAAAGACUAUCAAAAACCCUUCACAGGACAGGACAAUGUAAACAGCACAAUAUGAACGCUCUGAAACCACUGUUCCGGUUCGCAGAGCAGGAUAAAGCUUUAAUUUUAAAAUGCUAUCUAACAGUAGUGGAUCGUUCAUCACUCGAAAAAGCUCGACCUGUGGUGUGACUCGUGGUAGCGACCAAUAGUCUAGGCCAUAAAGCUGGUUUGAAAAUGUUGCAUUUAAACAUAUUGUCGUCUGUUGGUUCACAUUGAUCCGCCGUUGCCAAUGCAUAUGCUGAGAAGCUAUAGAACUAUUUGGCAAGUUAAAUAACGCUUUAAUCGAAUGCAGUACAUCUCGUAUUAAGAUUCGUUAACUAACGAAACAUCUCUAGUAAACAUUUUCUGAAGUGUUGUUCUUUACAUUCAAACCCGUAAAUAAAUUCACAUAAUCGAGUUAUGUACUGCAAAUAGCAGAAUUCGUAGCCAUUCAACAAUUACCCAUUGUUGCUAACAAUUACUAAUUGCUCUCGCUUAAGCGUGCUUAAGGAAAUAUCUUAACUAUAGCUCGGAAUCGUAAACGUGAUUUUAUAAAGCAAAAUUUGACGCGAUAACGUGUUGUAAUUUGGUGUUCGCUCACGUAUUUUAAAAUACGUUGAACAUCGAACAUCUCUUUAGCGUUGCUUGUUUGCGACGAUCAUGUAGUAUGGAUUAAAGUUAAAAUGUUUACAGUCGUGCUUGACAAAAAUUGUUAGAGCAGAGUUCAAUA